AUGGUUGGGAAGACGGAGCAACCUGAAACAGGUGCAGAAACCCACGAUGAAAUACCAAAAGGACCAUCUGAACAAUUUAACUCGUCUUUAUUGCAAAAGGCUACCCCGGAGUAUCUACAGGAGCUCUUGAUGGACAAAAAACAAUUGCAGAGCAUGCCUAACAGUUUUAAGCAUGUUGAAUUAAUACUAGAAAAGGAAAUUGCACAGGUGCGCGAACGCCUAUUUCACAAAAACGGUUCCAUUCAAAUGAGCAAUACUGAUUUACCUGAUCCUUCCGGUCAAAUCGUAACACUUCAGAGGAAGGUGUACAUACCAGUUAAGGAGAAUCCAACGUAUAACUUUGUUGGAAGACUACUUGGGCCGCGAGGACUAACUGCAAAGCAAAUGGAACAAGACUUGGGUUGUAAGAUCAUGGUCCGAGGAAAGGGAUCCAUGCGAGACAAACGAAAGGAGGACCAAAAUCGCGGCAAGCCUAAUUGGGAGCAUUUGCAAGAAGAUUUGCAUGUUCUGGUGAGCGUUGAAGAUUACGAAAGUCGUGCCGAGUUAAGACUCCAACGCGCUGUAAAUGCCAUCACAAUUUUCCUUGAACAAGGCCUUCGAACUGUUGAGAAGGUAGAUUGUGCUAACGUGCGUGUGAGUGUGCGUGAGUGCAUGCUAGCAUCUCUUUCUCUUGACAUCUGCGUCUCAGUAAGGCGUGCGCAUCUGCCUGAGUGUGCACGUGCUUCGAUUGCACCAUUCUCAUACUUCUAUUCGUUUUCUACUGCUGCCACUGCUACUGCUACCACCGCUACUUCUGGUGCAGCCCUCAUUCGGGCCUCUUUUCUCAUCAGUAAAAGACUGCAGAAAAAUGCCAUGGCUUAG